GGCUAUUUAAAUCACAUGGAGAGUAAUUGAGUACGUAGACGAGACUAAGAGAGGUGGUGAGAUGGCGGGGGCGACGUCGAGAGAAUGUUUGAAUGAAACAGUGUAAGAGGGAGGAAGAGAGUGCUAGAUAUCAUCAUCAUCAUCAUAAGCAGCAGCAGUAUAGUCUAUUCACAUAUCGCGCGCGCGCACAUCCCCCGUCUCCACCAUCGUCUUUACCACUAGAGUACGAUUCUCCGUCACUGUCUUCCCUUCCCCGUCGACGGGGAAAUUUGUCAAGACAAGCGUCAGUGUCUUUAUGGCAAGCGUGCUACCAUGGAGCCAGACCUUAUUCAAACUGCCCCCUGUAUUGUAAAAGAUGAAGAAUACGGACCGCAACUAAAAGUUUUGAAAAAUACUAACAAUAUCAAAGAACUGCAGACGUUUUUACGCGAUAAGACGACAGCCAGAAGUGAUUUUAUAUUCUAUGCAGAUAGAUUGAUUCGUUUGGUUGUUGAAGAAGGUCUUAACCAACUUCCUUACCAAAAAUUUACAGUAACCACCCCCACAGGUUACGAGUACCAUGGGUUGAAGUAUGAAAAAGGAAACUGCGGAGUCAGUAUUAUCAGAAGUGGCGAAGCCAUGGAACAAGGUCUACAGAACUGCUGUGGUCCAAUACGCAUAGGAAAGAUAUUGAUACAGAGUGAUGCAGAUACUCAUGAAGCAAAGGUGCUUUACUCCAAUUUUCCACCAGAGUUCAGCAGUCGGAAAGUAUUAUUGAUGUACCCUAUUAUGAGUACUGGUAACACAGUGACAAAAGCAAUGAAUGUUUUAAAGAAUCACAGAGUUAAAGAACAGAAUGUGAUCCUGUUAAAUCUCUUUUGUACACCACGAUCUGUCAAAUCACUUAUCAACUCAUUCCCUGGUAUCACCAUAGUAACGACAGAAGUUCACCCAGUAGCACCGAAUCACUUUGGACAGAAAUAUUUUGGCACUGAAUGAACCAAAGGCCAAUGCUGUAUCCCCACCCUGUGAGUUGUUGCUGCUGUUUCCUGCACAUCACCUUUCCUAUUCCAGAUCUUCCAAAGGGGUGCAUUUUUAAAGUUCAGUUUUUUCCUACUCGGAGCUCUCUGUCACUGAACUUGUAACUAUAACAAUAUUGAAAUGCAAUAUCUGAAACGGAAAAAAAAAAAUUGUUUAACAUAUUUUAUUUCCCUUUUGGUUUAUUUAUUGGGUGUUUUCAGUAUCAUCUCAGAAUUUCUUUUUCUUUUCUUUUUUUGAUUUAAUGAAAACAGUUUGUAUGAAAGAGAGGAAUUUUUCUUUUUUUUUUUUUUUUUUUUUACAAUGAUUGUUUCCUUGUACAGAAUUUCAUUAAAAUUAUUCCAUAUUUUGUAGAAAGCCAACUUAAGCAUCUAAAGAUAGCAGUGGAAAUAUCUCAAUAAUCUUUAUGCUUCAAUCCAACAAACAUUAUUGCAAAGAUGAACACUUUUUUUGAAAAAUCGCAUGUUCCUGUUUCAUUUCUUCCUUUUAUAUUUGUGAAUCCUUUAUUUUGAAACCAUAUCAUGAAACAUUUGAAUAUUUCUUAUUUUAUGAUUUAUUUGUUUUUCAGAAAAUUUACAAUGUCUUUUUUUCUUCUUCCUUCUUAGUUUUAUUAUUUAGAACUGAUUUUUAUCAACUUUUACAAUUUUCAAAUCAUUUGUAUCCCUUUUUCUUCUUCUCCUGCUCUCAAUAUUUGUAUAUUUUCAACAUGAUCUGUAGAACAAUUUUGUCAAGGUUUUCAAGUUAGAGAAUAUGUGGAAAUAUCCAAUAUCAUGGUGUUAGCUUGUUUAAUACAAAACAAUUCUUACAAGGAGCUCUCUUGCACCAAAAACGUGAAAUUAAGGUUAAUUUUACUAAGAUGAGUAAAAUUGGAUUUAACUUUUUUUUUUCUUCUGAAUGUUGUUGUCAAACCCUAAAGGUAGAAUCAGUGGGGCAACUGACAAAAUAAUUUGUUUUCUUUGGUUGUCUUUAUAUGUCCCCAAGUUGAAAUACUGCCCCUGUCUACUCUGCCUUUAAUUCUUCCGAGAUAAAAUAAGUAUCAGUAAGAUGUGGUGGUGGUGGUUGAUAUAAUCAACAAUAUGUUUGAAUGUGGUUCCUCAACAUGGCUACAUUUCAAUAGCUGAAACUAGUGAUAUAAAAAAAUUACAAAACAGAAGAGAAAAAAAAAAAUCAACUGGAAUGAUGUGUUGACUUUUGAUGUGGAAAAUAACAUUUUUGGCAUCACUUUUGUCUUUGGAGGACAAGUGAGGAAUUCUCAACAAAAUGUAGGUUUUCAUUUCCAAUCCAUUUCUUACUGAAGCAGGCUGUCAGUAGCUUACCCUGAUACUAGUGACUCUCCUUUAAUAUAAACGUGUUCCUCUCUAACAUGAUUCCCUCUCCACUGUAUAUUAUUAAUUUAGAGAUCAAUACUUAUCUGUUGUCCUAUAACCAUCCACACCACUGCCUCAGAGAUCACUUUAGUGAUUCCAGCUAACUGGCAAAUGCCUCUUAUCUUCUCAGGUUUAAAAUAUCCAAUUUACAGGGAUUUAUCUUUGAUGAAAAUUAAACAAAUCUUUUAGAUGUUGAAUUACAUUCAAUUUACUUUGUGUCUCUCAAGAAACAAAGUACCAACAACUGUCUGGUUAUCAUGUUUAUUCAUGUCAUGUUCUCCUGAAUUUUACUUAAUCACAUCACCAGUAAUACUAUUUUAGAUUUAAAGUGCAGUUGAGGUUAGCUUCUUAACCCUGAAAGGUGACCACUUUUGUUGAUAACAUUCUUUAAAAUGCUGGGUCAUGACUUCAUAUUUUUGAUUCUUGCAGUAGUGUGUCCUUAAAAAAAAAAAAAGACACUUGAUUUUAUGUACCUAACAGAAAUACUGUUAAUCAAUGAUCUGUAUAAAAGUAUAAAUCUACUCUGACCACUACCAUUUACUAUGGUAUGAUGGCAAUACUUUUGAUUUACUAUGAAUGAUGGCAAUACUUUUGAUUUAAAUUUUAGUAAAAAGAUAUGGAAGGGAGAAAUGGGUAAAUGACAACAAAAUUAAAUUUAUUUCAGCAAACACGUGUUAUGAUGUUUCUGUCAAUAUCUGUUUUAAAAUGGAAGUAAUUAUCUAAGAGAAGUCUGAAACUGAAAUAAGCUUCUCAUUUAGUUAUUCUAGUAUUUUCUCUACUUGAGUUUUCCUAUGAAAUGAAAUGAAUGUAACAAAUCACUCCUUGUAUAUACUACCACGCGUUAACACUAUAUUAGCACUCUUGCCCAUACUGCCAAUCAGCAUAUAGGACCAAUCAACACUCACAGCUCCUGCUGCUACGACAACUGAAUUACAUAAUUUUUGUUCAGAAUACUUUAAUUCAAUGAUAUUCCCAUUAACUUGGGAGUUGGUGCUAAAUAGAUCAACCUCAGUCACUUGUACUAUGUAUAAAAUUAACUUACUUUUGGCAUUGUGUAGUUUUUCUUUACUGGAUGGACAGCACAGCUGAGAGAGAGCUAACUAGGCUUAGUGAAAUACUGUGAAGCAUCUGUCUGUUAAGGAGCAGAGCUGAGUCAAGUCUUUGGAAUGAGGUGAUGUUGAACAGGGGGAUAAUCCUAUAGAUUUUCACGAAUAGUGUAUUUGGAGAAACACAUCUUGAUUAAAAUAUAUAUAUAUAUAUAUAUAUAUAUAUAUAUGUAUGUAUGUAUAUGGUAAGAAAUUUCUUGGAUGGUCAGAUUGAUUGCUGUGCCACAAGAUAAUGUAUAGAGUAAUGUUUUGGGUUGUGCUUUUCUAUGUGUGACAGCCAAAUACAAUACUUAGAUUUUUAUGGUUUGAUAUCUUGAAGCAACCCUUUGAAUAAAGUUUCUACUACUAUGAAAUGUUGCACUGAUUACCUCUGUGGUUUGAUCACAGCUAAUCUCUAAUCUUCCUCUUCAAUAUCCCUUCUUUGUUGAACAAAGCAAUUAAAACAAAACAAAAAAAAAAGAAAGAAAAUGCAGUCCGAACGCCCAGUUAUGGAAUAAUAUUCAAAUAUUUUUUUUUCUCUUUUCUCAAGAGUGGAAAAUUUCAGUGAAGUAAAUCUGUUUACAUUUCUUCACUUCCAAUGAACCAGAUCAGAACUUGAUGAGUUAAUUGACUGUACAUGAUCUUUGUGUGUGUGAGAGAAAGAGAGAGAGAGAGAGCAUAUAUAUAUAUAUAUAUAUAUAAUGUCUAUGUAUGCAUGUAUAUAUUAUAUGACAAAUAUUUACAGUGCAGAAGAUAUAUCUUUGUAUAGUUAGCAAUAAAUUGCCUGGACAGAAAUCGUUA